AUGUUGCCCAAGACACACCAAGAUCCUGCUAGUCUACGCGGGCCAGCAGACGACCCUGUUUCAGCGGGAAAUGACGAUGGGCCAAUCUCUGGCUUCUGCUCUCCAACAAGGCUUCUGAAUGGACUGCCGAGACUUUACGGUGCGGAUCCUGGAGGGUCGCCAUCUGAUGACAUUGGCUGA